AUGAAAGUUGAAGAAUGUGGGUUGAGAAUGGGUGAGUCAACCGUCAAAUGCCUUUUGUACGCCGAUGAUCAAGUCAUAUUUGCAUCGUCGGCGGCCGAGUUGCAAAUGAUGAGCGAGAAGUGGCUAACAUACGAGAACCUAAAAGAAGAAAUAUUAGAGAAGAUACGGAAGAUCGAGGAAGAACGUCAUACUGUUGACCUCUGGUCCUGCGAUGCAGAAUGGGGCAGGAAGAGGCGCAGGAGACAGGUGGCCGUGUCACCUCCUUACGUGGUAUACAUGCUCCCCGAUGCUGAUAUUAUGGAAGACUGGCGGCUGGUUAGAAAAUUGCUUGAGAGAGCUGAUUAG